GGAUCGAGUCGAACAGUUUUCAAAUUUUAAACAUGAAACUUGAACCUUGCAUCACUGCGGAUAAAAAAAAUGAAUUUAGCUGCAACAAACGAGCCCACUGAUGUAAAAUAACAGAGCCGCCGACUGUGUUGGUUGGAAGCUUGGGAUCUUUUAAACGUAACGUGACAACAAAACGGAGGCUGUGGAGUAAUUGCCGUGGGAAGAGGACAUGGACUACUUACAGAAAGUGCUUGCAGAAAUUUCAGUGAAAGUGGAUAAUUUUCCUAUUGGAGCAGCAAAUGUCCAUGACAGUGUUUCACUAGAGUCUGAAAUAAACACAAUACAGUCCAAGAUACAAUGCGCUCAAGCUGAUGUACUCAUCUUACAAGCACUGACAGAAAUUGCUAAAAACUCUAAUGCAAAUAGAGGCAAAACGGAUCACACACACAUAGCAAAAUAUGAGAAUGCUCUGGUGGAUGAUGCAUCAGUCAUAAAUCACCCAGGAAAUAUGGCAGUUCUUGCAGAGGAGGCAGCAGCUCUACAGGAAGCUCUUGAAAUGCAACCCGAAGAAAUGGAGGAUCAGCCCUUAUCGUGUCGCUCACUCGUGGAACGUAUAAAAAACAUUGUGCCUAAGUGUUCAUCAGCUCAACUUAAAUUAUUGGAAAUUCAAAACGAUAUCAGCCAAAAACUAAGAGAGAUCCAAGAAGUGGAGUGUACACUUAUGAAGAAGAAAGCAAAGUAUGCCAGUGAUUUGGUGGAACAGAAGAAACAUUUGGAUAAAAAGAGAAGUUCUAAAGAUGAGGGAUAUGACAGGCCGGCAACUACAGAUUUAGACAAAGGACACACACUUGAUGGACAAGUUGCAUAAUGUCAUCUCAUCAAUGACUGUUCUUGGAUUACCUGAAUCGGCACAAGUUUUGUUUCUGUGUAUUAGAAAUGACCUUCUGGUAUGGUCUGGAAAUGGUAAAAGUUGAUUUCUUUAUUAUGGGACCUGCAGCUUAUAUUGUGCAGAAAAUUGGAAAACAGUAAUCUGCUUGACUUUUAUUUUGGUAUACAAGCUUAGUUCAGCUUUAUUGCUUUCAUCAGUAUGUGCCCUGACAUAGAUGAACACAUCACAACUUUGAAUGAACCAUUAUUGCUAUCUGUAGUUGUUGUUAUAUUAUUUUCAGCAACAUUUUUUAGCUGUUCAAUAAAAACAUGUUAUAUGUACAACAGCAAAUUAUCGAACAGCUUCGGAACAUUGCUGAAAAUAUUACAACCAACUACUACAGACAGUGGUAAUGGUUUACUCAUAGUUGACAUAUGUCCAUUGACAAUGUCAGGACAUGUACUGAUGAAGGCAUUAAAGCCAAAAUAAGCUUAUGUACCAAAAUAAAAUAUCAAGCAGCAUACUGUUUCCAAAUACUCUGGUAAAAGUUCAAAAUAAUACCUAUGUUGACUUCGUGUUUUUCAAUAUUGAGUAAUUCAACUAAAGCUACAGCUUU